ACGAAGUUGUAUAUAUGAGCGGAGCAACAAAACAAGGCUGAGACUCCCAACUCCCAAGUACUAACACCACUGCAAGUCUAAGAAAAACUGUCGGCACAACCCUUCUCCAUACUUCCUUAACGGUUCCUCGGUUUCCCCGCCGGACUGAAAUCUGACGACACCACCUCACUGAAGUGGUAGCGCUAGCUUUCCCCAUCUGACCCACUCAAAUGGAGGGUCACCGCCCCUUUGGCCUACUUUUCAGCCUCUGCUUACUGGUUGUGGUGGUGGUAGCCGUCUCCCCCAAGCCUCUCCACCGCUUGUCUGACCCACAUUGGCACCCUGCCACCGCUACUUGGUACGGUGACCCUAAUGGAGAUGGAAGCGAUGGUGGGGCAUGUGGGUACGGAUCGAUGGUGGACGUGAAGCCAUUUAGGGCGCGAGUUGGGGCGGUGAGUCCGGUGCUGUUCAAAGGAGGGGAGGGUUGUGGUGCGUGCUACAAAGUGAAGUGCCUGGACAAGUCGAUAUGCUCCAGAAGGGCAGUCACCGUCAUUAUAACGGACGAAUGUCCAGGUUGUUCAGGAAGCCGCCCUCACUUCGAUCUCAGUGGGGCCGCCUUUGGUCGCAUGGCCGUCGCCGGUAACAGCAACCACCUCCGUGAUCGAGGCGAGCUCUCCGUCAUUUUCCGCCGAACAUUGAUAUUUGCAUAUCUCAAAUAUACUUUGAUCAGACUCCAAUUAUUUUUAUAUAGUGGGACCCCAUGUAAAUAUCCCGGGAAAAACAUUGCCUUCCAAGUCAAUGAAGGAUCAACAAAUUACUGGCUUUCUCUUCUAGUGGAAUUUGAGGAUGGUGAUGGCGAUGUUGGAUCAAUGCAUAUAAGAGAGGCAAGCUCAAGUGAAUGGCUAGAGAUGAGUCAUCUAUGGGGUGCAAAUUGGUGCAUAAUUGGGGGACCCUUAAGAGGCCCAUUUUCGGUAAAGUUGACAACACUAUCAACAGCAACAACUCUAUCUGCAAGAGAUGUCAUUCCAAGAAGUUGGUCUCCAAAGGCCACUUACACCUCACGCCUCAACUUCUUCUCCUAAGUGUAAGUGGCCACUUACUUACGCUUUGACAAUGAAGAAAUAAAAGCCCUUUUCUAUUCUUCUCUCCGUGACACCAAAAAAGUAGCUGUUGUCGGUUCCUUUCCUUUUCCAGAACUAUAUUAUGAGAGAAAAGUAGCCGUUGGAGCGCACAGAACAGAAGCAUCCAAUGCUUCUCUCUUUAUAUAUAUCAUAUAUGUAUGUACUUUUAGCGUGCGAAGUAGUGUGUGUAUGUUGGUGUAGUACUACCUGUAGUUGUAGCCCUCUCCAAAGGAGAGAGAGCGUUAUUUAUGGAGUGUUCUGUGAAACCAUGUGAGUUGAGUUUUUGAGGGGCCAUGUGCUUUUUAAGACAGAGUUUGGACCAAUGAAUGCCAACUUGUUUGUUGAUGUGAUAACAUAUUGGGCCGAUGUGGGACCUUAUAAUAUUAAUGCAAUCUUUCUGAUUUUAA